AUGUCUGCGACUGGGGAGCCACCUCAGCCUCCUGGUCCUGCCAACCCAUCUGCACCACCAGCUGCUCCCAUGUCCGCAAACGAACGCGAUGACGUUAGCAUGCUGUCCCCCGGGGACACUCUCGUUUCCGACGAGUCUACAACCGACCAAUACCACAAGUUCAUCGAACAGGAGGACCUCGAAGUGGUGGUUCCUCGUCAGCUGUACGAAAAGCUCGACACCGUUGGCAUGAACUAUGGCCCUCUCUUCCGAAACAUUGUCGAGCUGCGCAAGAACGCCAACAGCUGUGCCUCCGUGAUCCAGAUCCCGGACACACAGUCCAAGAUGCCAGCCAACUUUGAGUACACGCACUUGAUUCAUCCAGCCACUCUGGACUCCAUGGUCCAGACCCUGUUUGCGAUCGACAGCGUGCCCAUGGUUCCCACCUUUAUCGAAAGCAUCUUUGUGUCUGCGAACUUGGACAACGACAUGGGCACUCACUUCAAAGGAGUAUCCACAGUGCAGCGCCUAGGUGUCGGCAAUGCCAAAGCUGAUAUCACAAUGUCUCUCGAUGGGAUCAGUUCCCUCCAAGUCGUCAUCAAAGGCUUGCAUCUCACUGCGCUUGAGGACACGACACUUGCCACCGAGUCAAUCAUCCCGAACCAUCACAACCUUUGCACCGAAAUCAUCUGGAAGGAAGAUGCGACAUUUGCACAAGCUCAGACUUUGGGGGAGUGGCUCGAAUUGCUGAGCCACAAGCAUCCGGCCCUGGAGAUACUGCAGAUUGGCGGCUCUAUUGCCAAGACUCUGGACAUUUUGGAGAGUGUCGCGGGUGAGUCCAUGCCGGUACCGACGCUGGCCAGAUACAGCAUUGUCGAUUCAAACAGUGGCACUUCCCAGUCACUACAAAGGAUCCUCGAGGGCACGCGGUUGCAGCCAUAUGUCGAGUACAUCUCACUCGAUGAGAUCGCUACCGACCAAAAGUACCACAUGGUCAUUGUCAGCGCCUUGCCUGACUCAGACCCUAUGCAGUACCAGAAACUCGUGAGGCCAGGCGGGUGGGUUGUGGGAACACUUGUCGGCUCUCAGCAGAAUUCCCUGCUGGAUCACAGUGCGGUCAUGACACGGAUCCCCGGAGAGUAUCUGGCCACCGCCCCAGUCGAGCUGGUUGUUCUGCAUCGCAAUGGGCGUGAGCAACAUGCUCGGUCCCUCGUCGAGGGUCUUUCCAAGUGUCAGGGGGAGUUUGACUACGAUUACAGAGUCUCGUCAAUGUCCCUCGCCAAGGCCAUGAAGAACUGUGCAGUCCUGGCACACAAAGUCGUCGUUUCUCUCUUGGACUUGCAUACGCAGACCGAGCUCACUGGAUUCGUGACAAUCUGGAACGAGCCCGAAUUUGAUUUCUUUCAACGAAUGCAUGCGGCGGCCAAGGGCGUUAUCUGGAUCACGCGUGGCGCCAACAGGGAUCCGCAAGACCCUUUGAUGGCUUCUGUCAUGGGACUCGCGCGCACCUUGAUGUCGGAAGAUCCGCGCAAGCUCUUCGUCACUUUAGAUCUUGGUAUAGAAACCAGUUUGUCUGAUGGGAACAUCGCUGCUAUGCUCCUAACAAUAUUUUUGAUGACGUUUUGCGAGAUCGGCGACGAUCAGCACAUGGAGCCCAAGGAGAUGGAGUUCUCCGAAGCCGACGGCAAGCUGUACAUUCCGCGGCUCAUACCUGUCCAAAGUCUCAACCAGAUAAUCGAGAAUGGCGCGACAGAUGAGAUUGUCCCCUCGCUUGCCGGGCCUGGGAAAGGCGUGAAAGUGGAAAUGGUCAAGGUUGGGACAUCCAGGGAUUCUAUGCAACUCUCUGAGUACGAAGUAAAAGCACCUCAGCCGCAUGAGGUUCAAAUCCAGUUUGAACAGGCCGAGCUCAACUAUCGAGACGUUGAAAUUGCACUGGGGCAGUCUACCUCCUCUGAUCUGGGUAGAGACCUGCGUGGUACGAUUACGAACAAGGGAAGCGACGUCGGUCACCACAAGAUUGGUGACAAGGUUGUCGCCCUCGUGACAAAUGGCUCGCUCAAGACUCUGGUAAAUGUUGAUGCACGCUUUGUGCUGUCAGACUUGACCGGUUUCACUGCUUCGACCUCUUUAACCGUGUUCUAUGCGCUCUGUCACGUCGGCAAGCUUGAGAUUCCGGGUCGGUCCAUGUCGCUUUCGACGCCCAACAAUCGCUCAGCGUUGAUCACGGGUGGCGUUGGCUAUUGUCAGCCAGCAUUCGCCCUGUGCCAGAUGCUCGGUGUCAAAGUUUUCUUUGCCAUUGCCAACGAAGAUGCUCACAAGUAUGAGGAGGCUUUGCAACGCAUUGGUGUUGAUGCUGUGCAAAUACUGAAGGCAGGAUCCAUGGAGUUGAGCGAGAUCCUGAAGCAGCGCAACAAUGGAAAAGGGGUAGAUGUGGUGUUACACGCCAGUCCAACCUCGAUCGAGUCAACCGCUGCAUGCAUCAAGCCUGGCGGUGCCAUAGUGCAUGUUCAACAUCAGACCACCGGCCGACGACCGACGCUUGUCAAGCUUCUGACCAACAUCACGUACGUCAGAUUCGAUCUCGAAAGCCUUCUGCGCGAAGCGCCCGACUUUGUAGCCAAUCUUCUUCCCGAUAUAUACCAUGCAAUGGCAAGCUGUGGAGAAAUCGUCUAUGAGGAAAACCGCACCUUUGAGAUGACCGACACUGCAGACGCCCUGAAACAGCUUCGAGAGUCGCCAAGCCUUGAUAGCGUCACCAUCUCUUUGGGCAGCGAGCCAACCAGCGGCAGCAAUGACCAGUCGCGCGUCAAGGGAAAGACAUUGAAGGAGAUGAUUGACCCUAAGAGCACAUACCUGCUCUCCGGUGGCCUCGGAGGGUUGGGUCGCAGCAUCGCCACGCUUCUAGUAGACAAUGGCGCGCGGUUCCUCGUCUUCCUCUCGCGCGAAGGCGCCGUUACUUCCGUGACGCAGGACUUUGUCGCUCACCUCAGGAGACGCCGCGUGCGUGUCAGGGUCUAUCCCGUAUUCAUUUCAGAUAUGAAAGACAUGAUGGAUUUGUUCAAGUCGCGGAUCAGUUGGGAAAUGCCCCCUGUCAAGGGCAUCUUCCAAUGCUCGGGUGGAAUCCGCGAUGCUAUGUUCGAAACAAUGAACUUGGACAAUUGGAUAAUGGCGUUCGUACCCAAGGCGUCUGGUUCUAAAUGUCUCGUCGAUGCUGCAUAUGCUGCCAACUACGACCCCUUCUUCGUUUUUCUGGCCAGCGCCGCUGGUGUCGUGGGGAACCGUGGCCAGGCCAACUAUGCCGCUGGCAAUUGUGUGCAAGAUGCACUGGCGCGGAACCUCCGUCUCAAAGGCAAGAAUGCUGUUGCCAUCGACCUUGGACCGAUAUUGGGUGCUGGUAUGCUGGCGAAUGACGAGAACCUACUGAACAAGCUCCUCGCGAAUGGGUUUUACGGGGUUAGUCACGACCACUUUCUGCAGGUAGUCAAGCAUGCAAUCACCAUGGAGACAUUGCCCGGCGUACCCAUGCCACCGCAGGUCACGCUCGGUAUCGGUACCGGCGGACUCAUUCUUCAGAAUAAGCCUGCCGACCCAUAUUGGAGUCGGACGGCGAUGUACAACUAUCUCAACUUGGUGGACAUGCCGCCUCCUAAUCUCGAGGGGGGCCACUCCACCACAUCCAACAUGGACAUCAAGUCCCUUCUUCGCCAGAAUCUCGAUAUUUCAGUCGCCACAGAAGUCAUCUGCACUGGCCUGAUGCACAUGUUGGCCAAGUCGAUGAACAUGCUCUUUGAAGAAAUGGACUCUGAGAAGCAGCCCAGUGCAUAUGGAGUUGACUCGCUCGUCGCUGUCGGUGUGAGGAAUUGGGUGUACACGAAUUGUAACACCACCUCUAGCCCCUGA